AUGCGACUGAAGGCCAAGGCUGCAAAGGCCGCCCGGGCAGCCGAGAAACUCAGGAACCCCUCAGCAUUCCGCCGCUCAACCUCAGUGCUCACCGACACCUCAUCCAUCUCCAUCAACAGGAACCCCUCCAUCCCAGCCACCAGUCCUCCACCCAAACUACCACCACCAACCACCUCCCAGGACAUCUCAGUACCCGAUCUGGACUCAACCAGCCCAGCAAGACCAACCCAAAAGGCUUGGUCUCCACCCAUCGAUCCCUUACUCGACAUCGCCACUUUCAUCGAUGAUACUGUGCCCCCCCUGCUCGAUCAUCCGCCCAGCAGACAGGAUAUCCCCGUCCCAGCCGCUCUUCCCUCUCCAACUCUCACCGGCCCAAGCCCCACUCUCCCCGAUCACCAAUCUCAAGCCACCGGCACCCAAGAGAAAACCCAAGAGCCCGCCAGACGAGCUGGUCCAAGCAAAUCCGCUAAGCCGCCCCCUAAGAAAAAACCCGCCAACUUCAUUCCGGAUCAGAAAAGCAAGAAGAACAAAAAGAAUGACAGUCUGACUCCAAGUCAGAAUCAAGAAAACGACGAUCAGAUGGAUAAGAUCAACCAAAAAGUGUCGGCACGCUUCAAGAAACGUCAAGAGAAGAAAGCCGCAGGAUCGCAAGUGAAGAAGCCGAGAGGGAGCCAGCAGAAACAGAAAAAGAAGAAGCAGGUGGGGGAGGGCGUAGACGAGAAUGCGGGGCCAGAGGGGGAAGAAGGAGUGGAGGAAGGGGAGCUGAGCUCAGAUGGCCCGUUGGACCCGACGAAGGUGUCGAUGGCCGAGCUGACAAGGCCCGAAAGGCUCAAGGGCCAGUCGAGCGAGGUGCUUGCAAAGCAUCUCGAGCUGAUCGUCGAGCGCCGGGAGCGCGAGAAAAACGAACGGGCGGUCGCCCGCCAGGAGGCUAAACAAGAGGCCCGACUGCGCCUCUUUAACCGGGCCCAAUCCGUCAAGGCCCGACGGAAACAGAGAGAAGACGGGCAGCUAGACGGCGACGAGCAGGAGGAGGAGGACUUCUCUCAGCAGCAGCUCAGUCCGGCCCAGCCGCAGGACGACGGCCAGCCGUCUCAGGCUCCAGACGGCGCUCUCGAGCAGCAGCAGGCCGACGACACUGAGACUCAGGCCGAGAGCCGCAAACGGAAGAUCAUGGAAGAGUACGGCUUGGAAGACCUCGACUCGGAUGACGAUCUGGCGGACUUCGAGGAAGUGGACUACGACGAAUUCGCCAAAGGGUCCAAGAAAAACCCCGCUACUGCUCCUCCCGCAAAGAAAACUGCUGCGACCCCCGCGUCUCAGUACGCGCCUCAACUCAGAGUCGUCGAUGGACAGAUGGUCCUGGACCAAGACUCGCUGGCCGUCGACCGGCGAGACCAUACUCCUCCGCUGGACGACAUGGAGGUCGUCGAGGAAAGCGACGCCACCAGGUUGGUUAACUCGAACACGUGGAGUAAGGCUGUGCGCGGGGAACGGUGGUCGGCGGACGAGACGAGUCUGUUCUACGACGCUGUGCGGCUGUUUGGGAGCGAUUUCGAGAUGAUCAGCCAGCUGUUUCCGGGCCGAACCCGGCGUCAGAUCCGGCUGAAAUGGAACAAGGAGGAGAAGAUCAACGGGGCGGAGAUCACGGCGGCCUUACUUGGGAAGAAGCGGAGCUCGACGGGCGCGGAGGACGACGAGCUUUCGCGGAUCUCGGAGCACUCGGAGGGGCCCGAGGCGGAGAGAGAGGAGGGGGGAUCGGGGAUGGGCGAGGAGGUGGAGGGCGUGGACGACCUGGUGAUCCCCACCCAGCUGACCGGGUUCUCCGAGUACGCCAGGAUCGUCGGCAUCGACUGUUCCGGCCCGAUCCCGCUCGACCCGAUGGACAAGUGGCGCGAGAAGGAGCGGCUCGAGUUCGCCCAGGCCCACCCCGCCGCCGACAAGGCGAAGAAAGCCGACGCCGACCCCGCCCGCCGUGCCGUACUCUUAUACCCCCCUGGAGACCUGAAAGUGGCUAUCAAAUUAGUUGCGGUUCCGUAG